CCAUAUGUCCACCAUUGACUUUGGAUUUAUAAUGAUCAUAUUCCUUCUUUCAUACAGGAGCGAAAAGAUAAAGGGUAAGGCGACCUGGUCAUCCUCCAUCUAAUAAUCUUUAUUUUUGCAACUUCACAGGAUGUGUAAUCCUCAUCUAUCCCUUCCAAUUCAAUGGAAACUCCUACUACUCUUCUUCUCCCUCACACAGCUCCUCCAUUUCUCUCAUGGCGAUGUGGGCACUGCUUCCCAAUACGAUCCCCCUUAUCUACCAACGGCUUGUUACGGUGACGAUUCGAGUCAAUUCCCAGACAACAAUCUGUUUGGGGCAGCAGGGGAAGGGAUUUGGGAUAACGGAGCAUCCUGUGGGAGACAAUACUUGGUGAGUUGCUUGAGUGCUUCAGAGAAAGGAACCUGCGUGGAUGGGGUAACUAUUCAGAUUAAGAUCGUAGAGAAUGCGAGUUCUGCGGUCAGCCAGGCCUCUAGUUCAGGCACCACCAUCGUUCUCUCUGCCACAGCUUUUGCUUCCAUAGCUAAUUCUACUGCUUCCAAGAUCAACAUAGAAUUCCAACAGGUUUGAUUAUAGGUUGAUGAUGGUUGCAGUAGAGGAUUAUGAAGUGGAAUAGAAGAAUUCUUUUUGGGGUUUUUUUUUUUUU